CCGGAAAGCUGGGGGAGGUGCUCGGGCUGGAAGGGCGGAGGGUGCUGGCGGCGCCGGCGCUGGGGACCUGCUCGGUGGCUUCGUGAGACCGUCCGGCGACGGCGACAGCUCGCUUUCUUCCGCAUCCCGCCCUCGGCACGGCUCGCAGCCCUCUUGCCACCUGCGUCCGGCGAUGUGUCCCACCGGCCGGGCGUAGCCGCUGCGCGUGCGCGGAACCACGGGGCCAUGAGCGAAGCCGGUGGCGGCCGGGGCUGUGGGUCCGCGGUCCCCCAGCGAGCACCAUGGAACUUGGUGGCGACGACGGCCGCGCUGUACCUAGUGAUGGCCACGUCCGUGUGGACGGCUGCGGCCGCGCCCAUGAGUAGGGAGGAAAAACAGAAGCUUGGGAAUCAAGUACUGGAAAUGUUUGAUCAUGCUUACGGUAACUAUAUGGAACAUGCUUACCCAGCGGAUGAGCUCAUGCCUUUGACCUGCCGAGGCCGCGUCAGAGGCCAGGAGCCGAGUCGGGGUGAUGUGGAUGACGCCCUGGGCAAAUUUUCCCUGACACUGAUCGAUUCUUUGGACACUCUCGUGGUAUUAAAUAAAACUAAAGAAUUUGAAGAUGCAGUGAGGAAAGUGUUAAGAGAUGUUAACUUAGAUAAUGAUGUGGUCGUAUCAGUCUUUGAAACAAACAUCAGAGUUCUCGGGGGCCUGUUGGGGGGACACUCGCUGGCGAUCAUGCUGAAGGAGAAGGGCGAGUACAUGCAGUGGUACAACGGUGAGCUCCUGCAGAUGGCCAAGCAGUUGGGUUACAAACUUUUACCAGCUUUCAAUACUACCAGUGGCCUUCCUUAUCCACGGAUUAAUUUAAAGUUUGGAAUCAGGAAACCAGAAGCUCGGACAGGGACUGAGACCGACACCUGUACAGCGUGUGCAGGUACCUUGAUCCUUGAGUUUGCUGCUUUAAGUCGAUUCACGGGAGCAACAAUAUUCGAGGAAUAUGCAAGAAAAGCUCUUGAUUUUCUCUGGGAAAAAAGACAGCGAAGUAGUAAUUUAGUGGGUGUGACUAUAAAUAUUCAUACUGGAGACUGGGUACGAAAAGAUAGCGGAGUUGGAGCGGGCAUUGAUUCCUAUUACGAAUAUCUAUUGAAAGCCUAUGUCUUGCUUGGAGAUGACAGUUUUCUGGAAAGAUUUAAUACACACUACGACGCCAUCAUGCGGUACAUCAGCCAGCCCCCGCUUCUGCUCGACGUGCACAUCCACAAGCCCAUGCUGAACGCGCGCACCUGGAUGGACGCGCUGCUCGCCUUCUUUCCAGGUCUGCAGGUCUUAAAGGGGGAUAUUAGACCUGCUAUUGAAACUCAUGAAAUGUUGUAUCAGGUGAUUAAAAAACACAAUUUUCUACCAGAGGCAUUUACCACAGAUUUCAGAGUACAUUGGGCUCAACAUCCUCUAAGACCAGAAUUUGCAGAAAGCACCUACUUCUUGUAUAAAGCUACAGGAGACCCUUACUACCUUGAAGUAGGGAAAACACUUAUUGAAAAUUUAAAUAAAUAUGCUAGAGUGCCUUGCGGAUUUGCUGCCAUGAAGGAUGUCCGUACUGGAAGUCAUGAGGACAGGAUGGAUUCUUUCUUCUUGGCUGAAAUGUUUAAAUAUCUUUACCUGUUAUUUGCGGAUAAAGAAGAUAUUAUUUUUGACAUAGAAGAUUAUAUAUUCACAACAGAAGCUCACCUCUUACCUCUUUGGCUCUCCACUACUAAUCAAAGCACCUCCAAGAAGAACACAACUUCAGAGUAUAUAGAACUGGAUGACAGCAAUUUCGACUGGACUUGUCCAAACACUCAGAUUCUCUUCCCUAAUGACCCGCUGUACGCUCAGAGCAUUCGCGAGCCCUUGAAAAAUGUGGUGGAUAAGAGCUGCCCCCGAGGCAUCAUCAGAGUCAGAGAGGAGAGUUUCAGGAGUGGAGCUAAACCCCCUCUGAGAGCCAGAGAUUUCAUGGCCACUAACCCCGAGCACUUAGAAAUCUUGAAGAAGAUGGGGGUGAGUUUGAUUCACCUCAAAGAUGGGAGAGUCCAGUUGGUUCAACAUGCAAUCCAAGCUGCCAGCUCCAUCGACGCGGAAGACGGGCUGCGGUUCAUGCAGGAGAUGAUCGAGCUGUCCAGCCAGCAGCAGAAGGAGCAGCAGCUGCCCCCGCGGGCCGUGCAGGUCGUGUCCCGCCCGUUCUUCGGCCGGGUGGUGCUCACGGCCGGCCCGGCCCAGUUCGGGCUCGACCUGUCCAAGCACAAGGAGACAAGAGGAUUUGUCGCAAGCAGCAAACCAUACAAUGGUUGUUCAGAGCUGACCAACCCCGAGGCAGUGGUGGGGAAGAUCGCCUUGAUACAGAGAGGACAGUGCAUGUUUGCGGAGAAGGCUCGCCACAUCCAGAACGCGGGAGCCAUCGGCGGCAUUGUCAUCGAUGACAAUGAGGGGAGCAGCAGUGACACUGCCCCUCUGUUCCAGAUGGCCGGGGACGGGAAGGACACCGAUGACAUCAAGAUCCCCAUGCUGUUCUUGUUCAGCAAAGAAGGAAGCAUCAUUCUGGAUGCUCUCCGGGAGUACGAGGAGGUGGAGGUGCUGCUUUCAGACAAAGCGAAAGACCGAGCAGCAAUAUUAAAAGGUAAAAUGACUCCAAGCUACAUUAUUAACAGUAACCCUGACAUGGAAAGUGAAGAGCAGCCAUUCUCUGACGGUGACUCUGAGAAUCAGAGCACCGAACCGCUCGCGCCGGGCUCCCAGGAGGUGGACUUGGCUGACCAAGAGUCUCCUGAAGACAGCUCUCUGGGCUCGCCCCCCGAGUCACCACCUGCAGCGGCUGCAGGCGAGGCUGCAGACGAGGCUACAGACGUUUCUCCUUCUGAACAGAAUUCCGAUCCCCUAGAAAACCAUGAACCUACGAGCCUUGAUGGUGAAUGUACAGAUUUAGAUAACCAGCUUCAGGAACAAUCGGAAACUGAGGAAGACUCCAACCCCAACGUUAGCUGGGGUAACAAGGACCAGCCCAUAGACUCCAUACUAGCAGACUGGAGUGAAGAUAUAGAAGCAUUUGAAAUGAUGGAGAAGGACGAACUAUGACUCGCUGAGAACGGGGCGGUAGGUAUUUAGAACGAGCAGGGGAACUGUGGUUAACAGACACCUCAGACGAAGCAGGCUCUCCAGUGGGAGGGAGGCUUUGAGGACGGUGACGAGCGACCACGUUCUGACCGGGAUAGCUGGUGUCAUGGGAGCCUGGAGCUUGCUGUGUCAGCAUCGACCUUGUUUCAGACCGUCCCACGGGAAGUGGAAACUCACAGUCCCCCUCAGAUGGCAGCACCCCAGGCCAGGGGAAGACUGCUGGACUCGCCUGGGAACCAGGGUUCCACAGGCUCUGGGGGGACGAGAAGCAACUGCGGCUGGUGGUGGCGUGGGGGACAGGAGUUCGUGCAGCUCUCUGAUUGAAGGGAGCGCCGUGCUCUCGGCCUCGGGCUCACGGGCUCUUUGGGGGAACGAGUGUGAGUUCCGGGCGUUCCGGGCGUGCUGCCUUCACGGAAACACUCGACGUGACCCGAGCGGUCAGGAGGCAGGUGACGGUGAGAACAGUCUUCGUUCACCUCUUUCACUUGCUUCGCUGUACAACAAAUGAUGAAGGUGACUUGAUUUUUCUUCCCUCUUAACGAUGUCCUUUUCAUUUAAACCAAAGGUGAAGCCAUUGUGCUUUCUCUGCAGUGAGUUCUCUGCAUAAUGACUAAUCAUUGGGACCAGGUAAAAAGGUCAUAUAAUGAUAUAUCGUGGAAAUUGGUUACUUACUACUCCUGAAAAGCGGAGCAAGGGAGAAACUAAUGUUGCAAUAUGAACUUGCCGUUGGGCCUUCCACAGGGAGAGCUGUGACUACUCUGCGAAGGAACUUGAUGUUCUGUAUCCUUGCAGGGUAAGUGCUGAGCCUGUCCAGUGCAUUUCUCGGAGAGGUGGUCGCCUCCAGCCGGCAGCCUUACUCCCUCCCACGGCCAGGUUGCCGUUGGAGCCACACGGCCGUGGAGCUGACGGGAAGUGCAUUUUGUUCCAGUUCUGUCUUAGCAAGUUAGGGUAGAACUGUGGUAGUCACCUGAAAAUCCUGGGCUAAUACAUAUUUUUUGCUCAUUUUAAACUAUGAUUUCUAAAGUUGCACCUAAGGAAUCUGUCACAUUUUCUGUUGAAUCAUGGUUUUUAAGUUCGCUUUUUUUUUUUAAACAAAUAUUUCUUCUGAUGUGGACUUGAAAAUUAGUCUAUGGUAACCUGUGUAAAAACCUUACACAGUAGCAACUAACAUAUAGCCAUAUUGUUUAAUAAAUUUUUCUUUUUGGUGGCAGUCUGGUGCUGGCCACAUUUAAUUUUUAAUUUGUUGUUGAUAUCUGUAAACAGCCCUGUAGUUGAAAUAAUGGCUUUAUUCCGUUUAUUUAUUUUUAACAACUUACCUGAAUCAGUUCUAAAGGGUGUCUGUGAGGCUUCACUGUCUCUCUUUGCCACAACAUCACCUGGUGGCUUCCUCCUAAAACGGCGGUGAGGUGCAGGUGGCCCGCGAGUGGGUGUGGAGCCGGUACAGGGGCAGCAGCGCUGUCUUGUAGUCCAUGUAUAUUCCUGUACAGUAUGUCUUAGGUCCAGGUAAACACACUCUUUUACAAGGGGGUGAAUAGCUGCUUCCAGAAAUUCCAGCGAAACCUUACUGGGUCAACGAGUAGCAAAUCUCACAGAGAAUUCACUUUGGCGCGGGAGGGGGGUGGGCAGCGGGGGAAGAGUCGUAGACAAGAACUUCAUUGGCCCUCAAUUAAACCUGACACCAGGAUGGAUAUUUUUAGUCGCUGCAUGUGAAAUUUGGUGUAAGAAGAUAGAACUACAAUACAUAGAGUACGCAAAAGGGUAGACGUAGUGCUUUGUUCACCUCGAUUACAAAGCUGCCAAAACAGCUGAAGCUUCAUCACUUGACUUGCCUGGAUUUAUAGGACUGGGGCUUGGAGAAAGGGAGCAAAUGUGCCUCUGAGAGACUUUGACUAGAGAAGCCUUAUGUUUAGUGAUUUGUUCCUGUUUAUAUCUCAGAGCCAUUGUUGUCUAAAUCUCACUUUUCUAAAGUUGUCAAAACAAUGGAAUUUUUUUCCCAGCAAAGGUUUUGUGGCAUAUAAGGUGAAGCCAGCUUACUGCUGCUCUCCCUUCCUUUGGCCAUAAGGGGGAGCUGUUGCCAUUCAUUGAGGUCUAGAAGCAACUUGCUCACUUGUUUAGAAAAGCGAAUCCUUAAAAAAAAUUUUAUUUUUAAAGGGAAGGAAAAAAAUUAACACAUUAUACUCAGCACCCAGAAGGAAUUAUACUUGACUUCUUCCCCCCUCCCCCCCGUUUAAGAAAAGAAGGUAUAAGGUUUGGCUUCAAAACUGCAACAUUGAGAUUGACUCUACAUUUCUUAUUUGUCAUAAUGCCAUGAAGUUGUUUCUGAGCUCAUUCAAAAAUUCCAAAGCACUAGGGCUUUUUUAUGUUUUGCUUUUUUAAAUACCAUCUAUAGAGAUUUUACUUACUUCCUAAAGAUUCAGGGGAUUCUGCGAAACCCUGGAUUUUAGAAACAUCUGGUCUACCUCAGUUAAGUGUUGACUGCACAGAAAUAGAGCUGAAGUAUCCACCACAGCCAUGACAUUGUGUGACUGAGAAGCAUCUCUACAAUGUUUACAAGCCCGGAAUCAAGGGAGGGUUUUCCCCGAGAGUUAAAAGUGAGAUAUUAGAACAAGGAUUUAAUUCAGGUAUUUUCACGUUUUAAACUUAACUUGUUUACCAACUAAGAACAGCUGUAGUUUUGCUGCUUAUGAAAGUCCACUGAAGUGACAGACCCUAACGGGCAACGCUUUUCCCGUGAGGUUUUAGGCGUGAAAGAAUUGUGGUUUACUGGGCAUGUGUGGGGUAGGCUGUUUCGUUGGGCAGGUUUUCUUUUCUCCUUUCAACUUUAAUAGGCUUCCAACAAGAACACGGUGGUUGUUACAGUAAAACCAGCAUUUGUUCUCGCACCAAACUCCAUGCCAGAGAGGAGCCCGGCAGAAGUAACUCACACAGGGCUUACAGUUCCCAGGUGUCGCGGGGGCAGAUUCACUAAAUACUCCAGCCCGUCGUUUUGUGCGCAAGGCUUCCGUCAGAACAUAGAAAAAACCAUUCUGUGAAUGAAACAUUGUAUGUUCAGAUUUUAUAAAAGACAUUUUUAAAAGCCCAAUUUACAGCCGUAUAUUUUCUUAUGAUGUAAUUUAUGAAAAAGACGUCUGUACUAACAGGUGCUGUAACACUGCUGUCGUCGGGUUUUAUUGUUUGGUGAUAAAUGUAAACAAUAUUUCUAAGGGGAGCUAUGUACUGUGAUGUAAAAGUCUGGGCAAAAUGUAUAUAAUCCUUGUAUAUAAUUGUGUAUUUGAUUAUAAUUACUGAUUGUAAAGAUUUAAUAAAACGUGUAAAUAUUC